GGAAUAAAAUUAAAUAAAAAUGAUUAAUGUACAAGAGAAUCCAUUCAGUAAAGAGGUUGCAAGGAAAUGAGAGCCAGAGAUGGAACUGAUUAAUAAGCUGGACUGAAAAAGAGAAAUAAUGAAUGAUAAAUCCUGACUAAAAGAGCAUAAAGAGGAACCUCUCAAAUGAGUUAUUCUUACUUAUCGUCAUGAUGCGAAAGAUAUUUGUAACAUUUGAGCAUGGUCUAACCACUCAUAUUCAGUAACAAAGUAAAUCAAGGGACAUAUUAGAGAAAAUUGACUAUCAAGAAGACCAAAGAUUAGGUUGGAAUUUGGAUAUUUCAGACUUACAGAGAACACAAGAAGUCUUCAGGGUUCUAAGAAUAAACCCACCAAAAUCAAAAGAGUCUAUCCUCUACAAGAUGGAGAUAAAUCUAAUUCAGGAAAUAGACUCUUUUCACUCAGAAAUAAAUGAAGACUUCUAAGAUGGUGAUCGAGAAUUUUGUAGCUUCUUUCAACUCGAGAAGUCUAAGCUCAAUUUCCUACUUAUCACACGAUGAAUUAUUAAGUUUUAUUCAUGACAACUCUAUUUCAAGAGAAAAUUUUAUCAGGAAGGCAAAAUGACUCUGAAAGUAUGAUAAAUUAUUAGAAAGAAACUUUAAAUGCAGAUGAAAGGAAUUAAACAAUCACUAUAUCUUGUAUAAUAAAGUACUGAUACUUCAAUCAGAAAAAUUUGACAAUGAAGAUCCUGAAUUUGAAACCAAAAACGCUAAACUGAUUAACACAGAGCUAAGGGAAUGCUCCAAAGACCUGGAGUCUAUAAUAAGAGGACUUGAGGUAUUACUAGAGCCUGAGGUUGACUUUUUCAAUGUGUCUAGUGUAUUGCAGCUUUGUAUGUAGCUGCUUUUGAGCAUGUUUCAUUAUCACUCUGCAUAAUAAAGCACUUAUUUUCUAGUCUAUGGUUGUUUCAAUGUUUGUACAUAAUUUGAAAUUGAUUUUGUGUACUGUAUUCUAUAGUUUUUGUAAUUUUUCAAAAAGAUGAUUUUUAACCUACUUU